AACUAUGGAAACCCCCGCAUCACGCACACAUCUGUUCGCUUAGCCCAUCGAUCGAGCCCAUAGGUUGUGUUUGUGUGUGUGUUUUCCCCAGACCACGGGCCACAGUCAGCAAUAUUCCCCGAGCUGCCUGCGCCGCCACUGAGACGUACAAACAGUUGAUAAUCCGCCGCCCAACGGCAUGCACCUCCGCAUCCUCGAUCCGAAGAACAGCAACAGCAUAAAUAGUGAUUUGUGAACAGUGAACAGUUAACAGUGACUUUGUGACGCGUGACUUGUGACUGGUGUGUAACGUGACACAGAGAAAGUGAAUUGAAGAAUUAAUUGUAAAGAAAAUAUUGUGGAAGAGACGGCCACAAAAUGACUUCCCUCAUGUACGCCGUAUUCCACAUAGCCUCGCUGCAGUGCUCGGUCCGUCCGGAGAUCUCGCCCUGCACCUGCGAUACCGGCAAGGCCUCCAACUAUGUGGAGCUCUCAUGCGAAAAGCUCGAGUCCUUCAAUGCCAUUGUGGACACUCUGGCCAAUAAGCUGAAUCCCGAUGUGCACACCGACCUGAAGAUCACCCACUCCCAACUGGAUGACCUGGAGAUGCGUUCGUUUACGGAUAUGAACUUCAACUUGUACAAGCUGCGCAUGCAAUGGAAUGGACUAAGAUCGCUGCCCGAGCUGCCGUUCCGUGGGUUAUCGAAUGUCACCUACCUAAGUGUCGGCGACAACGAACUCGACGAGAUCCCGAAGCAUGUCUUGAACCACAUGCCGAGGCUGGCUACCGUGGACAUUGGGCGCUGCAAUAUACGGGCAGUGCAGCAGGACGACCUGAAGGGCAUCCAGGUGGUCACGAAUCUCAUACUGCCGAGCAACAACAUCACGCGGCUGGACAGAGGCGCCUUUCCGCAGAGCCUGCUGAUACUCCAUUUGGGGCGCAAUCAGAUUGAGACGCUCAACGGUUCACUGCACGACCUGCACGUGCUCGAGUCGCUCUUCAUCAAUGCGAACAACAUCAGCGAGCUGGACGGGGAGCUGCCGGAUGGCAGCAGGCUGCGCCUCCUGAUGGCCCACAACAAUCGGCUGGAGCGGUUGCCGGCGAACAUGGCCGGUAUGCGGUACCUGCAGACGAUCCACGUGCAAUUCAAUCGCCUGCGCUCCUUUGACCGCGUCCUGCGCAACUCGCCGGACCUCGAAGAACUGCUGGCCAGCAACAACGAGCUGGAGUACCUGGCCCAGGACGAGUUUCAGGCCUGCGUUCGCCUGGACACCCUCAUCCUGGCCAAUAAUCACAUUCGCUCGCUGAACUCCUCGCUGCUGCCCAUGGUGAAGCUGAAGAACGCCAAUUUCUCGUUCAACGACCUGGAGGAGUUCUCCAUGGAGGAGCUGCACGGCCUGCGUCUGCUAAGAAACCUCGAUCUGUCGCACAAUCGCAUCGCCCGGCUCUUGCCCAGCACCAAGGGCGUGCAGGAGCUGGUGCUGAUCGACCUACGACUCGAUCACAAUCAAAUUAUCUCCCUGGACGGCGCCUUGGCCGGUUUGGGCAAUCUGCGUAUACUGCAUCUGUUUGCCAACCGGCUGGAGCAUCUAUUGCUCGGCGACUUUGAUGGCAUGCAACGACUGGAGAUUCUCGACAUGACUGGCAAUCAGCUGGUGGAGCUAACGCCUCUCGAAACGACGAUGCUUCCCAAUCUGAAGAUCCUGAAGCUGGCCUUCAACAACAUCACCAAACUGGAGCGGGACUUCAACGGACUGCCCGUGCUGUGCCAGGCCAAUCUGACGAACAACCAAAUUACGACCAUCUCGAGCGAGCUCGUCACCAAUACGCGCUGCAAGAAUCACAAUGUGCCCGGCAAACUGGAGAUACAUCUGGAUGAUAAUCCGAUCAUGUGUGAUGUGCGCCUCAAUGAGCUGUGCCGCCUGAUGGCCGUUCAGGAUGCGCGUAUCCGUGGGCGAUCGCAGUGCUUCGAAAACGAUCAGGAGGUGUGCACCGUCCUACCGAUGCUCUACAAGAUUGAUCUGCCGCUGCUGAUGACCAACCUGAAGAUCGCUGGGGGAGAGGAUGCCAAGCCGGUGGUGCAGAUGCUGGUGCCGACGCUGCUCAAGUCCAACGAUGAGCUGCUGCCGCCGAUUAUAGCCACGUUGGGGCAGCCACUGAUUAAUUCGGUGAUCAUUGGCACCGCUGGGGUGGGUCCCCUGCCGCCGCUACUCACGACCACCACCACCACGCCUUGGCCUGUGCAGCUGGAGAGUGAACUGGAGAGGAAUGAGACCGCCACAACAACACCAAUUCCGCCCACCACGAGCAGCACGAGCACCACGACCACUGCAGCGACACCGACCCCGACGACGACAACGACGACCGACAGCCAAUUGGCUGCCACGGAACUGGUGACGACCACUGCACCCACCACGACAACGACCAGCACGACAACGCCGAAGCCGAACGAGACAUUGCCCAUCAUCCUCGACAUUGAGGAGCCAAAUGUGGUGCCCCACGCGGAUCCCAUGCCCAUCAAUGACACGGGAAAUGCAGGGGUAGAGCUGCCCAACGUUCCCAAGGAGGCGGAUGAGGCGGUGCCGCCUGUGCCUGUGGAUCCGCUUCUCGAGCACAACCACGAGCGGGACCUGGACCACGAGUCGGUGGCCAAGACCGAGUACGAGACGGUGGAGUAUAUACCCAAUCUGGUGCAGCCGCCGCCCACGCCGCCGCCGAGCAAAACGAAUGUGCUCGAGGAGGACUCCGAUUCGCUGGCGAAUUCCGUGCACGCGGAGUCGGCCCAGAGUCUGCAGGUGCCCGAGGAGCCGCCCGAGGAGUGAGGAGGUGGCCCCGUUCCCCUCCAGUGUGAGGGGACGCAACAUAACGUAAGGAGCAGGCAGGGGACGAGAUUUGGAUGUGUAUCGUACGAGUAUGCCUUAAGUUAAUUUAGUUUUUAUGUUUUAUUUAAGCGAUCGCUAAAUCGAAAAGAUGCCAGGACCGGGGACCGGACAUAUUGAAGGUUUUUGUUUGUUUGUUUGUUUUGUGUGGAUUCGAAUUUAUUCGAUAGCAAGCAGGGGGUAACAGACAGGAGGGGAGCGGAACGGAACUGGAGAAGAGUAUCGAUGACCCAUGGACCCAUGACGCAACGCCACGCAACACGGACUGACGAACGGUACUGUCUUAUGCUUUAAGCUUAUUUGUUGGGGGCUCAAUUUCUCGUAUGUGUGUGUGUGGGAGAAUAGGAAUAGGAAACGGAAACGAACGAACGAACGAAAGAAAGAAGCGGAAAACGGAAGUGCAAGUGUAAGGAAGCGCAUGGAAUAUUUGCAUAUGCAUACAUACACAUAAAAGAAUAUACAUAUUACACAUAUUUAAUAGCUGUAUACACCCCCAUACACGUUCGUUGAAUAUCUACAAUGUUAGGUACUUAGAUCUUAGCAAAAACAGCAACACCGGAAAAUUCACAACCACACAACUCACACAGACGUAGCAACGCACAAACAUACACUACAAAAAACACAAAAGAAAAGCGAAAAGCGAAAAACAAAAUAUACAUAUUUACAUACUAUUUGUUAUCCGUUUCGUUAACAAGAUGAGAAAUUAGAUUUUAGUGUGUAAUUAUAUGAAAAUGAAAAUGGUAUUCUAAAUAAAAAUCGUAAAUAAAAGUCAAAUAUCAA